AUGAAACUCUCAUUUAUUUUGGCUCCCCUGGUGCUGUUGGGUCAGGUGGUCUCAGCACAAAGCAGCUUAACCGAUAUCUGUACUGGUAGUGCCAAUAACGGCCGCAAAACAACUAUCACAGUACCUAACGGCUUCAAAAUCGUUACAUCAAGCAAGAAAGUUCGUUCUAUUCAGUUCAACUACAUCAAGGUCAACGUCUGCGACCAAGUCCGCAAAGCCCUCGGCACGGCGCUGGGCAACAAAUUCCUGAAGGCCCGGGAUCCCAUUUGCAACUGCUUCACUAAACUGCGCACCCUGAACUCGGAGGGCAGGUUUGCGUCUUCCUCGGCUGGCAACUUUGACCUCGCGAAUAACCAAUAUCUCGACCAGGCCGGAACCCUAGAAAAGGUGCUGCUGCAAUACGUCGCUCUUGAAUUAAUUCGUGCUGACUGA